CAUUAAAUUUUACACCAAAACUAGCCUAGUUGCGAAUGGUUCACUCCGUUUGAGCCAUGGAAGGAGCACUGUGGUUUUUCGUGGUUUUAGGAUCAUCUCUGAUUCUUCAGAGCUUGGCUUCUGGACAGGUUUCGAAUACGAAUGAAGUCCAAGGCCACGUUCAGUUCUUUCCUCCACAAAAUAUUGACUUUCAACGUGUUCUGCAACACUAUACGAUCAAACCAGAGUAUAAUAUGAAAGAUGAUUUAAUGCGUCAACAAAAGUCAUUCACAGACAAAACAUUGUUUGUUGUUACAUGCGUAAAAGAUAUAAGCAUAGCUACAGUGUUUGUAUACGCACCAGAAGGAUACUUGAUAGAAAGAGUCAAGAAUGUGAAUAAAGAUGAUUGCGACAAUGACAAAUAUAAGGAUCACAUAGCAAUAAUUGACGAACCGAAAAGGGAAAAAAACUUUCCUUUAAACGGAUAUGAGCAGUUAGAGUUCACCAUAAUAUACACGUUUGGUGAGAAGACACUUCGGUGCGUCUCUAGACUGUACAAGUAUGUCACUAAGCCUAUUAAGUUUCAGUACUACGACAUAUUACAAAGAUCGGAGCCACAACUUAUAGAUUGCAGAAAGAAAACUGAGACUAUUUGGCCUAACCUGAGGUGGUUACAGAAGGAGGCCAUCGUAUCAAGAGUUCAGAGGAUGCUGAGACUCGGAGAUAGCGAACAGGCAUCACAGAAACACAAGGUGUCUAUAAGUAUUCAACAUGAAAAAAACAGAAUGUUACCAAAAGGAGAUUACGAAAUCAUGGAUUUGAUCAAAGAUGCUGAUUCUGUCGAUGCACCUUCCAUUAUCACUUUAAAAGCUGACUCAAACAUCAAGCUCAAAUGCCGACAAUACACCAAGAAAGGGACAUCCUUGGCAGUUGGAUAUAUAACUUAUGAGAAUUUAAUCUUGGCUAGGUUAUUUCUAGACUCUUGUCCAGUUGGCAAAGUUGAAGGGAUUUACAUCAACCGCCGACCACAUCCGAUUGUAAACGAAUUUACACUUGUCUACAAAACUACAGACGGACACUGUUUUAAAAUAACCAUUAAGUAUCAGUGUCCUGAACCUUGUGAAGAUAUAGUUUCCAUGAACCGAUCCGACAAUAGACAAGUCAAUUGCCCAGAAGAUUGGAACAGUGACGCAGCCUUCGAGGUGACACCAACUGACUAGUUUGUACCCAUUGAUUUCCCUUUGAAUCAUCUGAAUUAUACGUCUUAUUUACUUA